AUGCUGCGCUACCUGCUCAAAACACUACUGCAGAUGAACUUGUUCGCGGACUCCCUGGCCGCGGACAUCUCCAACUCCAGCGAGCUCUUCGGCGGCUUCAACGCCUCCCUGGCGGCGGCCAACCGCAGCCUGCUGCCUCCUGGCGACUCCUCGGUCAACGUGACAAGAGUUGGUCCAGAGGACGCCAUGCCGCGCAUCAUAGAGCAGCCACCAGAUCUGCUGGUUUCCCGGGGCGAGCCAGCCACGCUGCCCUGCCGCGCCGAAGGUCGUCCCCGACCCCACAUUGAGUGGUACAAGAACGGGGCGCGCGUGGCCACCGCGCGCGAGGAUCCGCGCGCGCACCGCCUGCUGCUGCCCAGCGGCGCCCUCUUCUUCCCGCGCAUCGUGCACGGGCGCCGCGCGCGGCCGGACGAGGGCGUCUACACCUGCGUGGCGCGCAACUACCUGGGAGCAGCGGCGAGUAGAAACGCCUCUCUGGAAGUAGCAGUCCUACGUGAUGAUUUCCGGCAGUCUCCUGGGAACGUGGUAGUGGCAGUGGGGGAGCCAGCAGUGAUGGAAUGCGUGCCCCCCAGGGGCCACCCAGAGCCUUUGGUGACCUGGAAGAAGGGCAGUGCAAAGCUGAAGGAAGAGGAGGGAAGGAUCACGAUACGUGGAGGGAAGUUGAUGAUGUCACAUACACUCAAGAGUGAUGCUGGGAAGUAUUUGUGUGUGGCCUCUAACAUGGCAGGAGAACGAGAGAGUGGGCCGGCUGAACUUGUGGUACUGGAGCGCCCCUCAUUUCUACGUAGACCAGUGAACCAGGUGGUCCUGGCAGAUGCUCCUGUAAAUUUCCUUUGUGAAGUGCAGGGAGAUCCCCAGCCUCAUCUACGUUGGCGCAAGGAGGAUGGGGAACUGCCCACUGGCAGGUACGAGAUUCGGAGUGACCACAGCCUUUGGAUUGGACGUGUGAGUGCUGAAGACGAGGGAACUUACACCUGUGUGGCAGAGAACACCGUGGGUCGUGUUGAGGCAUCUGGCUCCCUCAGUGUUCAUGUCCCACCCCAGUUUGUGAUUCAGCCUGAGGACCAGACAGCAGCUCUGGGAGAAAAUGUGUCUUUCCAGUGUGAGACCAGAGGAAACCCCCCACCUGCCAUCUUCUGGCAGAAGGAAGGGAGUCAAGUCCUGCUUUUCCCUAGUCAGUCACUUCAGCCCAUGGGCCACUUCUCGGUAUCUCCAAAAGGCCAGCUCAACAUCACAGAAGUGCAGAGCGGAGAUGCUGGUUACUAUGUGUGCCAGGCUGUCAGUGUGGCUGGCAGCAUCUUAGCUAAAGCUCUGUUGGAGAUAAAAGGAGCCUCCUUGGAUGGGCUGCCUCCCAUCAUCCUUCAGGGACCAGCCAAUCAGACGGUGGCACUUGGCUCCUCUGUGUGGCUGCCAUGCAGAGUGACCGGGAAACCUCAACCUAGUGUUGGAUGGAAGAAGGAUGAGCAGUGGCUGCAGGGGGAUGACCUCCAGUUCAAUCUAAUGGCCAAUGGCACUCUGUAUAUCACCAGUGCUCAGGAGAUGGACAUGGGUUUCUACAGCUGUGUGGCCAAGAGUUCCAUAGGGGAGGCCACAUGGAGUGGCUGGCUUAGGAAGCGUGAAGAUUGGGGAGCAUCGCCAGGCCCCUCAACAGAACCUUCUCCUCCUCCGGGGCCUCCCUCUCAGCCAGUGGUCACAGAAAUCACUAAGAACAGCGUCACCCUGACCUGGAAGCCCAAUCCACAAUCUGGGGUUACAGCCACCUCUUAUGUGAUAGAAGCCUUCAGUCAAGCAGCUGGCAACACUUGGCGGACAGUGGCAGAUAGUGUGCAGUUGGAAACACACACGGUCAGUGGCCUGCGGCCCAAUACCAUCUACCUGUUCCUGGUGCGAGCUGUGGGAGACUGGGGCCUCAGUGAACCCAGCCCUGUCUCGGAGCCUGUCCGUACCCAGGGUAGUAGCCCAUCUAGGCCAGUUGAGGACCCAUGGAGAGGCCAGCAAGGAUUGGCUGAAGUGGUCGUGAGAAUGCAGGAGCCCAUAGUCCUUGGGCCUCGAACUCUGCAGGUGUCCUGGACUAUGAAUGGCCCAGUCCAGCUGGUGCAAGGUUUCCGUGUGUCUUGGAGGAUAGUAGGCCUUGAUGGGGGAAGCUGGACCGUGCUGGACUUACAUACUCCACACCUACAAAGUACUGUGCUAAGAGGACUCCCCCCAGGGACACAAAUCCAGAUCAAGGUGCAAGCUCAAGGCCAAGAGGGGCUGGGGGCUGAAAGCCCCUUUGUGACCAGGAGCAUUCCUGAGGAGGCCCCCAGUGGUCCCCCCCAGGGAGUGGCAGUGGCCUUGGGGGGUGAUGGCAACAGCAGUAUCACUGUAUCUUGGGAGCCCCCACUUCCCUCCCAGCAAAAUGGGGUCAUCACUGAAUAUCAGAUCUGGUGCCUGGGCAAUGAGAGCCGCUUUCACCUCAACCGGUCUUCGGCAGGCUGGACGCGCUCCGCGACCUUGCGGGGACUGUUGCCUGGCCAGCUCUACCGGACGCAGGUCGCGGCGGCCACCAGCGCAGGCGUGGGCGUGCCCAGCGCCCCAGUGUCCGUGCAGCUGCCAUCCCGGCCGGCCCUGGAGCCCGAGCCCGAGCCGGAGCCCGAGGUGCGCGCGGGGUUGGCGGAGCGGCUGGCCAGGGUGCUGCGAAAGCCGGCCUUCCUGGCGGGCAGCGGAGCGGCCUGCGGGACGCUGCUGCUCGCGCUCUGCGCAGCCCUCUACCGGCGCAGGAAGCAGCGCAAAGAGCUCAGUCACUACACUGCCUCCUUUGCCUACACACCUGCAGUGUCCUUCCCACAUUCAGAGGGCCUCUCCGGAGCCAGUUCCAGGCCACCCAUGGGCCUUGGCCCUACUGCCUACCCAUGGCUGGCAGACUCGUGGCCUCACCCAUCUCGAAGUCCCUCAGCCCAGGAACCCAGGGGAAGCCGUUGCCCCAGCAAUCCUGACCCAGAUGACAGAUACUACAAUGAAGCAGGAAUCUCCCUAUACCUGGCUCAGACUGCCCGGGGUGCUAAUGCCCCUGGUGAAGGUCCUGUCUACAGCACCAUUGACCCACUAGGAGAAGAGUUGCAGACCUUCCAUGGAGGGUUCCCCCAACAUCCUUCUGGGGACCCAGGCACCUGGAACCAGUAUGCACCUCCAGAAUGGAGCCAGGGGGACAGUGGAGGUAGAGGAGGCAAAGCAAAACUUCUGGGAAAGCCUGUGCAGUUGCCCUCUCUGAGCUGGCCAGAAACCUUGCCACCACCUCCUCCUUCCUGUGAGUUGAGCUGUCCAGAGGGACCUGAGGAGGAGCUAGAGGGCGGUUCAGAGCCAGAAGAGUGGUGCCCACCAAUGCCUGAGAGAAGCCACCUAACUGAGCCCAGCUCCAGCGGAGGGUGUCCACCCCGAGGGGAAACCCCUUCUCCUACACCUUCCUAUGGACAGCAGUCCACAGCCACUCUUACCCCCUCACCCCCUGACCCUCCCCAGCCCCCCACUGACAUUCCACACCUCCAUCAGAUGCCCAGGAGGGUGCCCCUUGGGCCAAGUUCCCCUCUCAGUGUGUCCCAGCCCACUCUGAGUAGCCAUGAAGGGAGGCCUGCUGGCUUGGGUGUUGGCCCCACAGCUUCCUAUCACGUCAGCCCGAGCGCUGUCUCUAGUACAGCCAGCAGUGCCCCAGGAAGAACCCGACAGGUGCCUGGGGAGAUGACUCCCCCACUCCAAGGACCCCGCGCCCGAACCCGGAAGAAACCCAAGGCUCUUCUCUACAGGAGGGAACACAGUCCUGGGGAUUUGCCCCCACCGCCCCUGCCACCACCAGAGGAGGAGGCACACUGGCCCCUGGGGCUGAGAACAGCAGGCAGCAUGUCUUCCCUGGAGCAAGAGCACAGUGGGGAGAGGAGAAUGGGACAGGUGGUGCCCCAAGGGGCCCAGCAUGGGUCCCAUCCAGAUGAAGAGGCCUGGCUCCCGUAUGGCAGACCCAGCUUCCUGACCCAUGGCCAGGGCACCAGCACCUGCUCCACUGCUGGCAGCAACUCUUCCAGGGGUUCUGGCAGUUCUCGAGGCUCCCGGGGCCCUGGACGGAGCCGGAGUCGGAGCAGGAGCCAGAGCCAAAGGCCAGGACAGAAACAUCGAGAGGAACCAAGAUGACCCUUGAAGAAGCAAUAAGAACAUAGAGGAUUCCAUGGGGGAAAGGGUGGGAGCCCCUUCCCCGCUUAACCAUAUGAGCCAAGAGGAGCAAGGAUGGGGGUCUUCCCUCUCAGCAAUGAUGCUGUGGCUCACUGAAGCUCACUGUCCUCAACAUUUCCCAUUGGCUUGGAAGCCAGAGCGUCAGCUCUUCCUUUUCUCUCUUUCUGACUGAGACCUAUUUAUACAAAAGACAAUAAAAAGGUCUGAUGCAA